GUGACAGGGACGUCCAAACGGACGACAUGCCGAAGCUCAAAGUCGUCGAGAACUUCAUCUUGGAGAGCAUGAGAUACCAGCCCGUGGUGGACUUGGUCAUGCGCAAAGCCUUGCAGGACGAUGUGAUCGAUGGCUAUCCCGUGAAGAAAGGGACCAACAUUAUCCUGAACAUCGGGCGCAUGCAUAAGCUGGAAUUCUUCCCGAAGCCCAAUGAAUUCUCCCUUGACAAUUUUGAAAAGAGUGUCCCCUAUCGUUACUUUCAGCCCUUUGGCUUUGGCCCCCGCGGCUGCGUUGGGAAGUUCAUCGCGAUGGUCAUGAUGAAGGCGAUCCUGGUGACCCUCUUGAGAAG